ACCUAACAACAAAAAUGCGAAAAUUUACAGAAUGAAAAACAAAUCGAAGAAAGGGGACUGGAGUCUGCUGGGAUCGACGAGGAGGGCGACGGCGGAGCACAGCCUGCUAUAGGAACCUCGCCGCAGCCGUCGAUUCCACCCGCGUCGUCCUUCUUCAUCACCUAGUUUCAUCUUUUCUAUCGAAUCACGAAGUGAAAUCGAGAGCUCAUUCGCCAAUCUCGAUGAUGUUCACGGGAUUAGCAAUUGAUUCGCCACCAUCCCAAAUUUUUGUGCUUGGAUUUCUGAACGAAGCCCUUAGCUCCCUCAAGCGUGAUAUUUCUCGGAUGUUCGCCGUCUUUUACGGCCGACCUAACAUCGAUGCAGCGGCGAGGUCGAAGGAGGACGAGGAUUCAUUACAUCCUGCUCUUAAAACUUUAAUGACAACUGUCGGUGACCAUUGCGAUUUGAGAUCUUCGGAUUGCUUUUCAGAAAAGCGUAAUUUUGAUGGCGAAGGAGAUCCGCGGGCUGUUUUCAACGUAUUGGACGCUCUGCUCAAGGGUAGUCUGGACCGUUUGCAAGCUAUGAGGGAAAACAUAUGUUUGGCGAAGUCAGGUCUUCAGAAAUGUUUUUUCGAGACCAUUCAGCAACCUGACUACACAGUCAUGGUUAGAGAUUUGUGUUUAAAAGGAAAGUUAGGAGCAGCUCUUUUGCUUCGGAGAAAGUUGAUAAAAGAAGGUUUUGUUGUUGAUUUACUCACACAUAAUUAUCUUCUUAAUGGACUGUGUAUAAACUGUGAUAUGGAGAUGGCAGAUUCUCUUUUUAGGGAAAUGCUAGAAAGGGGUCCUUCUCCCAGUUGUGCUACAUACAACAUUAUUAUUAAGGGUUUCUGCCUUCAUAUGAAUAUGGAUAGAGCUCUUGACCUAUUUUAUACCAUGGCUAAUAGUGGUAUUAGGCCAAGUAGAAUUACCUAUAACAUACUCUUACAUGCAUUGUGCAAGAGAGGCAUCUUGGAGGAUGCUAGGAAGCUUCUUGAAGAUAUCCUAGGUAAUGAUAUUAAAACAACAGAUGAUGCAAUCACAUCAACUAUACUGAUGGAUGGUUGUUUUAAAGGUGGAGAUAUGAUUCAGGCUAUUGCUUUAUGGGAUGAGAUGGUUGAAAAGAAGACGGAGAUUGAUGUUGUUGCGUUCAAUGUCCUUAUUCACGGGCUUUGUUUGAAUCAAGACAAGAAAACUGCGCUUGGCUAUGUUGUCGAUAUGCUUAAGAGGGGUUUUAUUCCUGACAUCUUUACAUACAACACUCUAAUCAGUUAUCUUUGUAAAGACGGCCAAUUUGGUGAGGCUUACUAUAUCCAAGACGUCAUGUCAAGAAUGGGUGUUUCUCCGGAUCAAAUUUCAUACAAAAUGAUUAUUCAAGGUCUAUGCAUGAAUGGAGAUGCUAUCAAAGCCAAUGAGUUUCUUCACUCAAUGUUAGAAAAAUCAAUGGUGCCUGAGCCCCAUAUUUGGAACCUGAUAAUUGAUUGUUAUGGAAGGUAUGGAUAUCUGAGCAAUGCAACAUCCAUCAGGGAUCAGAUGUUGGCCGCCGGCGUGCAACCAAAUGUAUUUACUUACAAUGCAUUGAUUCAUGCACAAGUUAAAAGGGGGAACAUAUUUAGUGCAUAUUCUCUGAAAAAGGAUAUGCUUUUGUUAGGUCUUUUUCCAGAUGUUGUUACUUACAAUUUAUUGAUAAAUGGUGCUUAUAAGUGUGGACAAAGUCGUUUUGCCCUUCAAUUAUAUGAUGAAAUGCUGAGGAAGGGAUAUGAACCCAAUAAGAUAACAUACACAGAACUAAUAAGAGGUCACUGUAUGUGUGGUGACAUGAAGGAGGCAGAAGAUCUAUUUUUCGAGUUACAUAGAUCUGGGUUGCCAAUGGAUAUUGUUCCAUUUAAAGUUAUUUUUGAAAAGUACCAUAAAAUAGGAGAGCCUGACAUGGCAAUGAAAUUUUAUCAAAGGUGGUUGACAAUGAUGGCUUGAGGAGCUAUUUGACAAAAUAAAUUGUUUGAGGUUACAGCAUUAUUGUUGCCAUUUUGGCUCACAAUCAUGGAGAUUGGCGUACAGAUCUCUUUUACUGACCAAAUAUAAUUCGGCCUUCUGUUUGUGGAGAUUGCUGAUAUGUAAUGUGCUCCUCCUUGAGGAAAGAUGAAGACCUUGUCCUCGAAGGCCUGAAGAUGAGAAACAAAUGAAGCUUUACAUCCAUGGCAGUAGUGGUGAUCUUUGAGCUUGGAACAAUGCUCAUUGAAGGUUAGCAAAAGGAAGCAUUAUAAAUUAUAAAGGGUGGAAUUUGCAUAAAUCAAAAGGGGGAAAAUGGGGUUUGGUUGGCUUGACUAUUAACGAUGGCUGACUUUGGUAGUUUUAGGGGAGGAGGAAGAGGAGAGAGGAUUGGAAGUGAGAGAAAAAAUAUAUAUUUUUUUUUAAUAAAAUAUUUAUUUAUAGAACUACCUAAUUAAUGUAGAAAAUAGAAAGAAGAAUGUUUUAAACCUAUUUAUGAAAGGUGAGGAACAAAGUGACCAAAUUGAAACCUUAGGGACCAAAUGCACAUUCCUAAAAACUCAAGGACUAAAAAAGUAGUUUUUCCUAUAAACUUUUGAGGUUUAUAUAGUAUCCUUUAGGGGUGAUCAUUGAAACUGCUAAAACCAAGCCGAAUGCUAAAUCGAAUCGGAAUCGAAACUGAACUGAAACCGAAUUAGUGUGAUUUGGUUCGGUUUCAGAUCUGAAAACUGAUUUGAAACCGAAUCAAACCGCUUUUUUUAAUAAAUAUAUUAAAAAUAAUAAAUAUUAUAUAUUAUAUAUAUUGAAAAAAUAGAGCCACAAAUGAUGUUUUUCAUGAUGAUAAAUCUUUUAUAUUUUUGUAGUAUUUAUAUUUUUGGACUUUGGAAUAAUUUUUAAGUUUGUUGUUGAACUAGUAGUGUUAGUAAACUAGACUAGUUAUACCAAAUAGUGACUAAUUGUAAUUGUUAUUAUUAAACUUUAAACAUUUUAAAUUUCAAAAUUAACCGUUAAAACUAUAUUUUUGAAUACAUUGUUUCAAAUCAUAGAAAUUUAGAAAAUAUGAAAAAGCAUAAAAAUUAAAAUUAAAAAAAAAAAAAGUGAAACCGAACCGAACCACAUGUUCAGUUCGGUUUCAGAAAAUUCAUUUUUUAAAAUUUGCGGUUUGGUUUGUUUUAAGUCCAAAGUCAAAUCGAAUCGAACCGUGGACAUCUUAGUAGUAUCCUCGGACUCUCGGCUCUUGUACUACUGUUUGUUUUCACUGGUUUUAAAAUUAGAUUAUGAUUGGAGAGUUGGAGACACAAAAACCAAUUAUGAUGUAUCGUUGCAAUUGUUUUC